UCUUAAAGCAUAUGUAAUCACUUGCACUUUGUAUGUGCAUUUAUUAUCUGUCUUCUUAAAUAGGUGUUUUGAUUUUUUCAAGUUUUCGUUUUGAUUUCUAUUUUCUGUCAAUUUCCAUGGGAGAAGAAACCGGGUAAAGCACAAAAUAAACAGAAUAUCCCAUAUCUUUGAACAACAACAACAGGAAGAAAUAUCAAGGUCCAUAGACACAAUGUCACACAAACCCACACCAUACAGCCCUAACUUUCCACCUGGUCAAGGUUAUGAACCCCCAGUAGAAGGUGGAAAAAAUAAUGAAAGUUAUCCUAUGAACCCCCAUGGAGAUUACCCAGGCCCUCCUCAUCAUCAGAUGCCACACCCUGGACCAACUUUGCCGCCAGGAGCUCAACCUUUACCAGGAAUGCAUCAUGGCUUCCAACCAGGAUUCCAACCCGGGUUUCAGCCUGGCUUUCAACCUGGCUAUCAGCCUGGCUUUGCUCCUGGAUAUCCUCAUCCUCAGUCAGGAUAUCCUGCUCCAAUUGUGCAGCAGCCAGCACCUCAAGGUCCUCCAGGUGGUUGGAUGACUAUUCCGCGCGGGCUGAGCAACUGUCCUCCAGGUUUGGAAUACCUGUCUAUGAUUGAUCAGUUGCUUGUACAUCAGAAGAUUGAACUAAUGGAAGCUUUUGUUGGAUUUGAAACCAAUAACAAAUACACAGUUAAAAAUAAUAUUGGACAAAAAGUGUAUUAUGCAAUUGAAGAUAAUGAUUGCUGCACUCGUAACUGCUGUGGACCCAUGAGACCUUUUGAAAUGAAAAUCAUGGAUAACUUUCACAAUGAGGUUAUUCAUCUCCAUCGUCCUCUAGCAUGUGAUUCUUGCUUCUGUCCGUGCUGGCUGCAGAGCAUGGAAGUGACGGCGCCGCCGGGGACGGUCAUCGGCUCCAUUGAACAGGAGUGGUCCAUCUGCAAACCGUGCUAUGUAAUAAAGAAUGCAGCGGGUGAUGUCGUUCUGAGAAUUAAAGGGCCCUGUUGUACUUUCUCCAUUUGUGGACAAGUUGAAUUCAAUGUGUACUCCAGAGAUGGUGAUACAAAAGUGGGAAAGAUAACAAAGCAGUGGUCGGGGCUCGCUCGCGAAAUGUUCACAGACUCUGACUACUUCGGUAUAUCAUUUCCUAUGGAUCUAGAUGUGAGGAUAAAGGCGGUCCUGUUAGGCGCAUGCUUCUUGAUUGAUUUCAUGUUCUUUGAGAAGACAAGAAACCACAACGAGUAACAACGUAACUAAUCGGCAUUUACACUAUUCGUCUGAUAAUAAUUUAGAUCUCUGACCGUGGGUUUCUGAGACUUAAAUCCACAUUUAAUACAAAUUAUAUCUGUUUUGUCAAAUAAAAUGACUGGGAUGAAGAUAUGUUGUAUACAGAAUUCGUUCGUUCGAACUCAGAAACCCACAGUGAGUAUUAGCUUUAUAAAGGCAGAUUGUAAUCGUAUGAUAUUGGAUCUCGUAACCUUUUCGAUCUGUUUACAUCGUAUUAUUAAGACAAGUAGGAAAGCACAAACAUAAGCUUUAGUAUUGAAAAUGCUUACGCCUAUUAUUAAUAUUUACUAAAACAUACAUUUUUAUAAAAAAAAAAAAAUUAACCCUUUAACAUUUACUAAAUGGAUUGUUAACCUUUUAUGACUAAAAAUGUUUCUAAGUAUUUUAACCUAAAUAACGAAAUGUAGAACUAGAUCGUAUAAAUUAAACUGACGCUAUGUUUAUUGAUAAAAAAUUAUAAUAUAUUCAAAUUGCCAAACAACGGUAAUUUUAUUACCAUUUUACCCAUUUUUUUAAUCAAUUAUCCAUGACUCAAAUACAUUAGUCUUAUAUCAGUUUCCUUUUAAAAAUAUACAUUAUAAAAUAUAUAAUAGCAAUAAUAAUAGUCUAAACAUCCUACACUAAGGGUAAACCCCCUUAUUGGACUAGCCUUCAUAAAAAAAUUUAGGCUUCAGAAUGUUUUUUUGUAUAGAAAAAUUUCUACAAAUUGUCAUUGCCAGAGUAAAAAAUACGGUAAAAACAUUUUGGAUUAUUCUUUAGACAUUUUAGACCAGUGGAUAGACAUUUUAAUCGAAAAACUGAUACCAAAAUUUUUUUGCUGUUUUCUAAGUUUUAUUUUGGCAGAGAAAUCUCAGUUAGAUGUAAGUGAAACUUCUUGGUGCUGUGCUGUUGAAUUAUUUUGAUGGCUUCUUUAAUUAAACCGUCUCAUAAAUAUAUCUGUAGUUAACUAUCUUCUAGAUUUAUUGAAUGUUCUUACUUUUGUUUGCCAUUUUUUUUAAUGUUAAUUUAAAUAUUUUGAAUAACUGUAUUUACUCUAUAUAGUUUUCACUUCAAAAUUUAGUUGUAUCAACAUUUGCGUAGUUGUGUGUUUGAUUACUGCUAUUCAUAGUUGGUACAUUACUAUAAAAUGGUACUUUUUCAUCAAUGUUUUUUUUGUUAAUUGCAAACCUCAAUUUUAAAUUUUCUUGUCUCUGUAAAUCUAUGCAUAAUGUGGAAUAUUGAUUUUAUUUUUAUUUAUAAUUUGUACUGUCUGUAAUCGUGGGAUUCCAAGACCAAAAUCUCCAUUUAAAAUUUAUUGUUCUCUGUUUUUUCAGGGAUGACAAUAUGUUUAACCCUGUAAAAGGG